AUGGACCCCGAACUCCUAGUAAACAGCAGCAGCCCCCUGACCACCGCUGACGAUGCCCUCUUCCACGUCUGCUGGCGCCGACAAUCUUGUCUGAAUUGUCUAGCAGGAGAUGUUCCAUGCAGCUGGUGUGCGAUAUCGUCGACCUGUGUCCCCAAUACAGCACGGAUACCGAUAUUGGCGCCCAUCGGCUCGGAGACGAUUUGUCCGCUUGGUUCGAAGGAGAGAUGGGAACUUAGAGCGCUUCCAUUGGGUUGUCAUGCGAGCACGUUGACUGUUUUGUCCGUGUUGAUUGCCAUACUGGGCACGGGGGCGGUUGGAGGGGUUGUUCUUGGGGUUGUUUGGCUUGUGCAGCGUGUAAGACGGCAUUGGAAGGAGACAGAGUCUGAUCGGGUGAGUGAUGGGGAGAAUAGUCAUGGAGGGUAUUCUGGUGUUCUGGGGAUUGGCACUUUCCUUGCUUUGUUUCCUGGAAAGGGUCGUCUGAUGGAGAUUGAGGAUGGGAGUGACGCGGAGACGAGGCCGUUGUUGGCGUAG